AGGUGUUUCAUUAGGAGGGGCGUUUCCCAGCCUCCAAUGGGCGGGCGCCGGUGAAGCGGCGGGACCAAUGAGAACGAGACGUUGAAUGACAGCUGUCCAAUAGGGACCCUCAGUGCUGGUACGGUUUGCGGCUUAAGCGCCGCCGCGGUCUGAGGAAUGUCAACUAUUCAACAUGGAGGCGGAGGUCGAUAAGCUGGAACUGAUGUUCCAGAAAGCUGACUCUGAUCUGGACUACAUUCAGUACAGGCUGGAAUAUGAAAUCAAGACUAAUUAUCCUGAUUCAGCAGGCAAGAAAAAUCCAGUUACACUUUUAAAGGAAUUGUCAGCAAUAAAGUCUCGAUAUCAGACUUUGCAUGUUCGCUUUAAACCAAUUUCUGUGGAGCAGAAAGAGACUAAAAGCCGCAUUUGUGCUACUUUCAAUAAGACUAUGACCUUGAUACAAGAACUGCAGAAGGAAACAGACCUGGAGAGAUCACAAAGAGAAACAUGGACUCAUGGAGAACAAAGUCUUGCCAGAAUAAUAUCAUAUCCUGUUUUUCAGAUAGAAGAGGGAAAUUCUGUCACUAUUUGAGUUGCACUGUUACCACUGACUGAAGAAGAGAAAACUGCGGCAGAGCAAUUAAGAGCUCACAUGUCAGACUUCUGAGGAAGAAAUGGACUUGCAAAAAGGAACUCUAAUGGGGAAGAAAUCAAUCCCAGAAAUUUAGGAAGAUGUCUUGUUAACAUUGAUGACUACUGGUCGGGAGAUGACAAAGGAGAUUUGGCUUGGGUCACUGGAUAGUGAUGCCUUCCACAGGAGAGGGGGAUACAAGAGAAGGGCAGAUAUUGUAUUAAUAAAGUUCAGCCAAAGGGGCAGAAUGGAAAUAAAGAGAUUUUUAAAAUACAUGCACACAUGCUUAGUAAUUUCAGGCAAGCAAGUCCCAACACCAUUUCAUAUCUGUUUUUGUAUAACUGGGAUAACACAAAUGUCCUGACUGACCUAUUGCAAAAGAAUAUUAUGUACUAUCAGUCAGUCAGAUGUGAAUGAACAUGCUUGGGAAAUUAAAGGUUAGAAAAAUAUUUGUACUAUGUUAUACAUAUGUAAAUAAUUUUAUUGUUGAAAAUUCUGAUUGCAGAUGUGGGUCACAUUACUGGUGAGACUGCUAACAUGUGACUUGACAGUCUCCCACAAUACCUAACUUAGUAGAAAGCUGGCUUUUCUGUGACAGCUUCACUUUUAUUCUUGUCCUGUUCCUUCCACCUGCCAACGUUGAGCAUGAGCUCUGCUUUCUAAUGCUGUUUCAGAUUGCCCCUGUCAUAUUUCAGGGACCUGAAAUAUACCUUUGUUCCCCUCUAGUCUCUACUACUGUACUUGUUCAGUUCAUUCUACUGUAAAUCUCUAUAUAUGAACUUUCAAGUUGUGAACGUUCGAAGACGUAAACGUGUGUUUUCCCCUCCAGUCGCAUAAGUUAGCUCUGUUUGAGGAGGCACUGUGAGGUUUUGAGGCAUAGGACCUGAAUGUAGGAUGGUACAUGAAGGUUGCAGCGGCCAUUCAGAAUGUAAUUCAGUGCUACCGUGGCAUCUAUGAUGAGAAAAAAAGAGCUACCACUCAGACAUUACUGGAUUGUUCUUUCAAGAAGGUAGACAGAAUUGAAUCCAGCAAGGAACCAGACCCUGUGCCAUCAACUGCAGGUAUGAAAUCGCAGCUUGCCUUCUGUCCUGUUGCUGAUGACCCUUCAGCUCUAGCAUCUCCCACCUCCCCUCCCUCUCCAGUCAGAAACUUUUCUUGCCUGUUCACUCGAUGCCAGCCCCUGUGUCCUGUACUACUGUGCUUUUCAACAUACUGUACUUUCAGAUUAAAAAUGUUUUAUUUCUUUGUGUUUGUU